CCUUCACGGGUCACUUCUUGACCUCUACACGCGGGAAAACUGAGUUUGCACAAAAAUUUGAAUCUAAACUUUAAAUUCUUCGGCGAAAUGGCCGACCAAGAAGUGAACAGCACGUACUCGUUUGAAUGUCAAGGUUACGUGCAUGUUGUGGAGUUCAGCCCGUUCGAACAGUCGUCCCAACUCGUGGCGUACGGCGGGAACAACCGCGUGUCUGUGGCCAAGUGUGUGUUUCCGGAAGAAGACAAGGAGUUGGUUGAUCUUGAGUAUGAACAUCUGAGAGAUUUUCACCAUGGUACAAGAGUUGACGCCAUCGCGUGGAGCCCACAAACCAACAUCAACACCUUACCCAGGGUCGUCAGAUUCAGUACAGCUGGUUCAGACAGAAAAAUCCGCAUCUUUUCUUCAGACUUGAAGGAGAAAGACUCUGUACAGGUUUUGGAGGGUCACACAGAUUAUGUUAACGACGUGGUGUUUGAGCCGACUGUUGGAGAGCAGGUAGCGAGCGUGAGUGACGACCACACCUGUCGUGUUUGGGACGGGGACGGCACACAGAAGGCCGUCCUGCCGCUCAGGGGACCCGGCGUGUCUGUACGCUGGCACCCAGAGGAUCCUGGGAAGCUGAUGGUUGCUGAAAAAACUGGCAUCAUCCGGUUCUAUGACAUCAUCACCUGCCAGCCAAUCAUGUCGUUGGAUUGUGGCCACGCCCCCCUGACCGCAGCCGAUUGGUGCAGGACGGAUCCGCUGACUGUCGGGGCCGUGGCGGGCUGUGAUUGGUUCAUGUGGGACGUGACAAGGUCGAGUCGUCCGGAGGACAGGCGACAGGUCCAUCCUGAGGGCGCCAAGAACUUCAGCUGGUGCAGAGUGAGUGAGAAGCUGUUUGCCACCUGUGGUCGUCCCGGCAACCAGGUAAAGGUGUUCCACAAGGGGCAUCAUCAGACCCCAGUUUCCAGUAGCAUGGCUGUCCAGGGUGGUCUAUCGUGGCACGCGAGGCUGCCUGUCUGUGCAGUCGGUGGGGACAGAGUUGUACACAUGUGGCUGGCCGAGCUAUAAUACAUCAGUGCCUGAAGAAAUU